ACACGCCCCUAUCCCCUUUCUGGCUUUAUCUACCCUGUCUUUUUUGCCCGUUCGUUACCUUUCAUUUGCUUGCAUGUUCUGCGCUGUUCCUGUCUCUUUGCAUGCUUUCUUGGUCGCAAAUGGCGCUAUUUCUUGGGGUGCGUUUGCAUGAUGUGCAGUUAUCGAUUUUGGUCGUCGAGUUCGAUUUGGGCAUGAUCGAUCAUCCUGUCCUGUCGUCUGUGUUCAUGUUCUUGGUUCCUUGAGAUCGUUGCUCAAUGAUUUUUUUUUGGGUGGGUGGGUGGGGGUUGUUCCAGGGUAAUCUUGAGAUGCAAACAAGAAAACGAAAGGAUUCACGGGUUCUUUAUGUAUAGGUUAUGUAUCGUGCAGUUGGGUGAUCAUGUGACUUUGGAUUCUUGUUUAGAACUGAACAUUAUGAUACUCAACUAGUGGAUGCCUUCUGAAUGGUUCUAACUUCUAAGAUAUUUCGAGGUCAAACUAAUCCGCUAGCGACAGGAACGUUUCAGGAAAACUGGAAAAGUAUGCAACUCAUAUCAAGUGGUUGUACUAUUCAAUGUUGAGGAAUCGACGAAUUGUUGCAAAAGGAUCUCUUUCGUAGUGGACUUGCACAGUUUCAUCAGCAUAAGUUGCCCACCACCAGGGAGUUCAAUUUCAUUUUAUAAUUUUUUUCAUUCACCGGUGAAAAGAGUAAAAUUUGUGAAAUUUUGGCCAUUUUUCGUCUUCUGCUUUGUGGAUCCCACAUGUCAAUUAAAGAAAAUUUUAAAAUUGGAUAUUUUGUUCCCCUCUGAAAUUCUUGAAACUUGCAAAAUUUUGGCGAAAUUUUAAUCCUUACCCACCACAACGUAAAGUAUGUUUUCUUGGUAGAAAUGUUAUGAUAGUUACAAGCACUUUUCAAUAUUGGAUAGUUUGGGAUAUCUCACAUAAAUUGUGGUAGGACCGGACUAUGCGACAUUGGAUUUUUGUUCAAGCUGUCAAUGUCCUCGAACAUGUUUAGUCAAGGUCAAAGAAGAAAUUGACAAGGAUUGGAAUGGCAAGUGCAUUGGAGACUCUAUGUGGCCAAGCUUAUGGGGCAAAACAAUACCAUAAACUAGGGGUAUACACUUACAGAGCAGUAGUCACCCUCCUAGUGGUCUGCAUCCCACUCUCACUUCUCUGGGUGUUCAUGGACAAAAUCCUGGUCCUCAUAGGGCAGGACCCCCUGAUUUCCCAGGGAGCCGGGAGGUACAUGGUCUGGCUGAUACCGGGUCUCUUUGCGAACGCGGUGAUCCAGCCAAUCACCAAGUUCCUGCAGACCCAGAGCCUGACAUUCGCCCUGCUGCUGUCAUCCGUCGCAACUCUGGCAAUCCACAUCCCUCUGUGCUAUGUGAUGGUGUUCAAGACUGGACUUGGAUAUACCGGAGCUGCAUUGUCGAUAAGCAUAUCUUACUGGCUGAAUGUGUGUAUGCUAGUGGCAUACAUCGCAUUAUCGAGUUCUUGUAAGGAAACACGCACGCCUCCUACAAUCGAGGCCUUCAAGGGGGUGGAUGUGUUCCUUCGUCUAGCUUUGCCCUCUGCACUGAUGAUAUGUCUUGAAUGGUGGUCAUUUGAGCUCCUAAUUCUCAUGUCAGGGCUUCUACCUAACCCAGAGCUUCAAACCUCAGUGCUUUCAAUCUGUCUAACAAGUAUAACAGCAUUAUACACUAUACCUUUUGGACUCGGAGCUGCUGGAAGCACACGAGUGGCAAAUGAACUGGGAUCUGGGAACCCCGUAGGAGCUCGAUCAGCGGUCCGCGUUGUGAUGUCCAUGGCGGUGAUGGAUGCGGUUAUCGUGAGCGGAAGUCUUUUGGCGUCACGGCACCUCGUGGGCCGUGCGUACAGCAGCGAGGAGGAGGUCAUCUCUUUCGUCGCAAGCAUGGUUCCUUGGGUUUGCAUCACUGUGGUCACUGAUGCUCUACAAGGAGUCCUGUCAGGCAUUGCACGAGGAUGCGGAUGGCAGCACCUGGGCGCGUACGUGAACCUCGGCUCGUUCUACCUGCUCGGGAUCCCAAUGGCGAUCCUCCUCGGCUUCGUGCUACGCAUGGGAGGGAGAGGGCUCUGGAUGGGCGUCGUCUGCGGCUCCCUAACGCAGACCGCGCUCAUGUCCGCCAUCACGUUUUUCACCGACUGGCCGAAGAUGGCAGAGAAGGCUAGAGAGAGGGUGUUCAACGAGAAGCCACCGGAGUCGGCAUGUCUUCUGGAAUAGCCAUAGCUCCGCUCUGAUUUUGCAGGGGAGGCAUGACGCAUCUGUUCUGCGGAAUGCUAUGCCAGUCUCUGCCGAGUUCAUUGUCAUGGCUCGAGUUUCUCCUAGUUCUGCUCACCAAAUCAAUCAGGGGUUCUCGCUUUGACCUUCCCACGACUGAUUUUUUUUGGGGUACCAUCUAGGCUAGACAGGAUAACGAAUCAACAAGCGGAUGUGUAUAAUAGCAGCUAGAAACUCUAGUCCACGCUGUUUGAUGAUCCACUUCUCCGAUGGAAGUGCUGGCCUUUGACGUGCUCUAGUUCCUUUUUUUUUUUUUUUUGAGAGGCCGUGCUCUAGUUCCUUAUCACACCACAUUUGUUGGAAUAAAAAUUGGCAAGAAGAAGCCCAA